AUAUGACAUCAGCCAUAUUCCUCACUUUGUUCUGUGUGUCUGAAAUCUGAAAAUGUCUAGGUGUUUUGGUCACUGUUGACAGUAGCUGCAGUAAUCCCUUAAUAAAUAACUCAUGGAACUUGAAUCUGGGUUGUUUUUGUUUUUGGCUGGUUUGUUUGUUUUAAAAGAGGCAAGUUGGAAUUUGAACUCUCAUGAUUUCAACUUUGAAGUGGAAUAACUGUAGCCCAGUAUUGCAAUGGAUGUGGAAGAAGAAAAUACUGGUCUUUGCCUAUUUCGAAGUUCAGGAAGGAUCACUCAUCCACGUUAUCUACUUAAUCUACUGAUGGGUGAUUUUGUCUCUGACUGGUCUCCUUUACAUGAAGCAUCCAUUCAUGGGAGACUACAUGCUCUGAAGAAACUCAUCAAUCAGGGAGCUAGUGUGAAUUUUAGGACAGCAGAUUGUGUAUCUCCUCUCCAUGAAGCUUGCUUAGGAGGACAUGCUGCAUGUGUCAGUGUUUUAUUAAAACAUGGAGCCAACGUAAAUGCCACUACUAUUGACUGGAACACACCCCUGUUCAACACUUGUAUCAGUGGUAGCGUUGACUGCUUGAACCUGCUACUGCAACAUGGAGCCAACCCACAUCCAGUUUGUGACCUGGCAUCCCCCAUCCAUGAAGCUGCUAAAAGAGGUCAUACCAAAUGUGUGGAAACUCUUCUAUCCAAUGGAGUCAGUAUUGACCAUAACAUAAAGCAUCUUGGAACUCCACUGUACGUCGCUUGUGAGAAUCAACAGUUGAAAUGUGCGAAAAAGUUACUUGAGUCAGGAGCAAGUGCAAAUAGUGGAAAAGGCCUGGAUUCUCCUCUCCACAUAGCUGCUCAAACUUCCAAUGUUGACAUGGUCCAUUUGCUUAUUGACUUUGGAGCAAAUACUAGGGUAAUUAAUGCAGAAGGAAAAAAGCCAAUAGAGCUGGUUCCAAUCAACAGUGCACUAAUGCAGAUAUUUCUGCAGAGAGAAGGGCUAUUUUCCUUGAUGCAGUUAUGUCACCUGUGCAUCUGGAGUUACUUGGGAGUCAAAAAGAAAAAGAGAAUUGGUGAACCUAUGUUACCAGAUGAGCUAAAGAGGUUUCUUUUGUAUCUAUAAAAAGUGUUAUAUUCCUUGCUGAUUAAUUAAUUAAAAUACAUAGUGUACAAGUUUUACUUCCUAGCAAAAUUGUUUGUACAAUUUACAUUCCAAAUACCCGAUCAGGAUUUUCAAUAGAGCUAGUUUGUUUAUCCCUGCAUAUUUUAAUUGUUAGUUCCUAUUUGUACAUUAAAUAAAUUUGAGAACUAAAUUAAAAAUAAGAUCUUGUAGCAGAAUUUCAAUUCCAUAUAGCUGAUUAUCUGAGAUGUGUUAUAAAUGCUUCUAUAGUAAAUAGAAGAUGCCAAGCACAUGCAGUACUGUAUUCUGUUAUUAUUAACAAUUUUUUCUGAUAUGGUCCACAGCUAAUUAACAAAGUAUUAUUGUUAUUAUAUUAACAGUUGCCAGGAAAUUAUAUUGUAUAACAAUGAAUCAUGGACUGGUAGUGUGAUGUUCCUAAGAACUGGUAUGGGCACACUUUUCAUGGCAUUUUUAGAUUUCUUGAAUUUAAUUAAAAUAGUAAAAGGGAAACUUAGGUAAGUUUCAUUUAGUCUGGGUCAUUGACCUGUAAUAAAAGAUUGAAAAGAAAUUUAGUAUGCUAUAAAAUAAGACAACAGAUUAUAGCAUCAUCUUUGUUUGUAAGAAAGAUUUACACAGACAUUUUUAGAAAAUAAUGUCUUGCUCAGUUCUUUAUU